AUGAAGGCUUUAAGACAUAAAUUUGUGAGGUUUGAGGAUUGGAGAUCAGAGUCAUCUUUUAGUAUAGAGCAGAAAGAUUCUAAUAACAUAAGAAAAGAGAAACUAAGAAUAAGUGAUGUUUUGAAGAGUAUUGGAAGAAAAGUUGAAAGUGGUUUAGAGAAGAUGAAGAAAUUCGGAAGAAGUUCUUCGGUGGUUCACCCUGUAAGUGAAGGACAAACAAAGAAAUCGGUUUCUUCUAAGAUCAAAAUUCUUGAUCCACAAGGGCCAAUGCUUCAGAAAUGGAACAAAAUCUUUGUAAUCACAUGUGUAAUGGCCAUCUAUGUAGACCCUCUUUUCUUUUACAUUCCGGUGAUUGUCGGUAAAAACAAAUGUGUUGAUUUGGAUGAAGCAUUGCAGACUACUGCCAGUGUUCUUCGCACGUUCUUCGAUCUUUUCUACAUUCUUCGCAUCAUCUUUCAGUUUAGAACCGGAUUUAUAGAACCUUUUUCUCUUGUUUUCGGAAGAGGUGAACUCAUUGACGAUCCCGUCGCCAUAAUGAAAAGAUACUUGAGUUCUCAUUUCAUCAUUGACAUUCUAUCAAUUAUUCCACUUCCACAGAUUAUUUGUUUGGCUAUAUUUCCACACAUGAAAAAUUCAGCUCCAUUUGUAGCAAAGGAUUUGUUGAAGUAUGCAGUAUUAAUCCAGUAUGUGCCGCGAUUACUGCGGAUUUGGCCAUUAUUCAAAGAAGUAACUAGAACUUCGGGCAUAUUGACAGAAACGGCAUGGGCUGGAGCUGCUUACAAUCUUUUUCUCUACAUGCUUGCGAGUCAUAUGGUUGGAGCAAACUGGUAUAUACUUUCAGUAGAAUCACAAGUGCGGUGCUGGCGCCGAGAGAUGAACAAGGCUGAAAGCUUUCGCGAAUCAUACUUGGGCUGUGGACGGAAAAGCGAAACUGUCUUCAAACUUCUCAACAGUACAUGUCUUUUGGUUGAUCCUGAUAAUAUUAAUGACACAAACACUUUCAAUUAUGGAAUAUUUUUCGAUGGUCUUCAAUCCGGUGUGAUAGACUCGACCACUGAUUUUCCUCAGAAGUUCUUCUACUGCUUUUGGUGGGGUUUGCGCAAUUUAAGUUCUCUUGGACAAAACCUCAAGACAAGUACUUAUGUGACAGAGAUAUCCUUUGCAAUUUUCAUUGCUGUCUUUGGAUUGGUUUUAUUCUCGUUACUCAUCGGAAACAUGCAGAAAUAUUUGCAAUCUACAACAGUUAGGGUGGAAGAGAUGAGAGUGCGAAGGAGGGAUGCAGAAUUGUGGAUGUCGCAUCGUAUGUUACCUGAUAACUUGAAGCAAAGGAUUAGAAAGUAUGAACAAUACAAAUGGCAGAAAAAUCGAGGUGUUGAAGAAGAGACUUUAAUUCUUAACCUCCCUAAAGAUCUCAGAAGAGACAUAAAGCGUCAUCUUUGCUUAGCUUUAGUUAAGAAAGUGCCACUGUUUGAGAAAAUGAAUGAGCAAUUGUUGGAUGCAAUGUGUGAUAGAUUGAAGCCAGUUCUGUAUACAGAGAAGAGUUGCAUUGUUCGCGAAGAAGAUCCGGUUGAUGAAAUGCUUUUCAUCAUGCGUGGAAAAGUCGCUACUAUGACAACAAAUGGUGGAAGAACUGGUUUCUUCAACUCCUUAUUUCUAAUGCCUGGUGAUUUUUGUGGAGAGGAGCUUUUAACAUGGGCUUUGGAUCCAAACUCGUCUUCAAAUCUACCAACUUCAACUAGAACAGUAGAAACUAUAUCAGAAGUUGAAGCAUUUGCACUCAUGGCUGAUGAUUUGAAGUUUGUCGCUUCCCAAUUUAGGCGUCUUAUCAACAGCAAACAACUCCAGCACACUUUUAGGUCAUAUUCGCCGCAAUGGAAGACAUGGGGUGCGUGUUUCAUACAAGCAGCAUGGCGCCGAUACUCGAAAAAGAAGAUUGAGAGGACGUUGCGUGAAGCAGAAGACAAGCUACAAGAUGCUUUGGCAAAUGAGGAAGGUUCAACUAUAAGCCUUGGUGCAACCAUAUAUGCAUCAAGGUUUGCUGCAAAUGCAUUAAGAAACUUGAGAAGAAAUAACACACACAACAGAAUGCAGGCGAGAUUAAUGCCUCUUUUGCCUCCAAAGCCAGCUGAGCCUGAUUUCACAACUCAGAAACACUAG